CAAACCUUCGCCGGUGUUGUCGUCUUUCUAAAAAAAAAAAAUUGUUGUUUUUAUUUAUUUUUUUUUUUCCUUGAUACCUGGGAAACCGCUGCCCCCCUCAGAACUAACCAAAGACAAUGGUUCACUGUGCAGGCUGCAAAAGGCCGAUCUUGGACCGGUUUUUGUUGAAUGUACUGGACAGGGCUUGGCAUGUGAAGUGUGUUCAGUGCUGUGAAUGUAAAUGCAAUUUGACAGAGAAAUGCUUUUCGCGAGAAGGCAAGCUUUACUGCAAAAACGACUUCUUUCGGUGUUUCGGGACCAAGUGCGCGGGCUGUGCCCAGGGCAUCUCCCCCAGCGACCUGGUCCGCAGGGCGCGGAGCAAAGUGUUCCACUUGAACUGUUUUACGUGUAUGAUGUGUAACAAGCAACUCUCCACCGGCGAGGAGCUCUACAUCAUAGACGAGAACAAGUUUGUCUGCAAAGAAGAUUACCUAAAUAACAGCAAUACUGCCAAAGAAAACAGCUUGCAUUCAGCCACCACCGGCAGUGACCCCAGCCUGUCCCCCGACUCUCAAGACCCCUCCCAGGACGACGCCAAGGACUCGGAAAGCGCCAACGUCUCCGACAAGGAGACGGGGAGCAACGAAAACGACGACCAGAACCUGGGGGCCAAGCGGCGGGGACCCCGCACCACCAUCAAAGCCAAACAGCUAGAGACUCUGAAAGCCGCCUUCGCGGCCACCCCAAAACCCACCCGGCACAUCAGGGAGCAGCUGGCACAGGAGACCGGCCUCAACAUGCGGGUCAUCCAGGUGUGGUUCCAGAACCGGCGCUCCAAGGAGCGGCGGAUGAAGCAGCUGAGCGCGCUGGGCGCCCGGCGACACGCGUUCUUCCGCAGCCCGCGCAGGAUGCGGCCGCUCGUGGACCGGCUGGAGCCCGGCGAGCUCAUCCCCAACGGGCCCUUCUCCUUCUACGGAGAUUAUCAGAGCGAGUAUUACGGCCCUGGAAGCAAUUACGAUUUCUUCCCGCAAGGACCGCCUUCGUCUCAAGCGCAGACCCCCGUGGAUCUCCCGUUCGUGCCCUCCUCGGGGCCGUCAGGGACCCCGCUGGGGGCCAUGGACCACCCCCUGCCCGGACAUCACCCCUCGAGUGAGGCUCAGCGCUUCACUGACAUCAUGUCGCACCCCCCGGGGGACUCGCCCAGCCCCGAACCCAACCUGCCCGGGUCCUUGCACUCCAUGUCCGCAGAAGUUUUUGGCCCCAGCCCCCCAUUUUCGUCGAUAUCCGUCAACGGUGGUGCUAACUACGGCAAUCACUUGUCCCACCCUCCAGAGAUGAACGAAGCGGCUGUGUGGUAGCUUUAAACAAACUGGGUCUAAGUAAGUGAUGAUCAUCUAGUCUGCUUAUUGUUAUGGUGUACAGAAAUGAAUUCAUAUAACAUCUCUCCCGCCCUAAGACAAUUUUACCUUGGGAACGAACUGAAUCCAAUCGCUCCAAGGCAAGCUUUGCUCUAGACCAGGACAAUCUCCAUGUUAUGGUUGUAUCAAACAAGCAAGGGGACUUUUUUGUACCAUUGACAAAGAAACUGGGGAAGCUGUACAGUAAAAGUGCUGCCAUUCCGUAG